GUGGUUAAAACUGCUGUAGAUCAGGACAAACAGAGCCUAUAAGUUUGAGAUUAAUUCCAUGGAUAAUACAGGCUUACACUAACUGAUACCAGGUGGACUAACUGUCUGGUGAAUGCAGGUUAAGAGUGAAGCAUCAACCCAAGCUUGGACGAAGACACCAGGGCAUCUGAAGCUGACGUGCAACCUCUCAAAAUCCGAAUCUGACCUGAUGGCUUCCCCUAAUUGUGAGGAAGACGGGCCUCUAGUUGACCGAAGCGAAUCCCUUUCCAACUGUGCAGCUGAAGGGAAGGAAAUGGAGCAGAUGCCCUCGUUUGCCUCCGAAUGGGACGAGAUUGAAAGGAUUAUGACUCUAAUUGCCAGAAUCGAGAUCUCUGAGGAGCAUCAGCCAGCGUUAGAAGAUGCAGCAGGGAGCCGUGUGCUGGAGCAGUCGGUGGGGGAGUGGCUGGAACACGUGGGCUUCCCUCAGUACGAGAGCAAACUGGUGCUCAACGGCUUCGAUGACCUGCGCUUCAUGGGGAGUAAUGUAAUGGAAGAUGAGGACCUUCAAGAAAUUGGCAUCACAGACCCAGGCCACAGGAAGAAAAUCCUUCAUGCAGCAAAAAGCCUUCCGAAGGUAAAAGCUCUGGGAUGUGAUGGCAGCACCUCUCUGGCCUCAUGGUUAGAAACUCUGGGUCUUGGAGAGUAUCUGCACAACUUCCUGUCCAGCGGCUACCGCACCCUGGAAUGUGUGAAGAACCUGUGGGAGCUUGAAAUUGUCAAUGUAUUAAAAAUUGGCCUUCUUGGUCACAGAAAAAGGAUCAUAGCCUCAAUAGCAGAGAGACCGUACGAUGAAGCACCUUCAAAAUCCAACCGAUUUUCCCAACUCAAGGUGACGGACAUGAUUUAUUUAGCAGAACAGAAAACAGCACAAGACAGCUCAAUAUCCAUCUGCCCAAUCAAUAUUCAGGACCUGUUGUCUCAGAACACUUCACCACUCAGUUAUAUGGAUCCGUACACCAGUCGCUCAAUGGACAUGUUGCUACCGCUGGGAGAAUUGGGCAGGAAGAGCAGAGCGCUGGACCAGGACGGCAGUAUCUCCCUCCGCUCCUUUGGUGAAAGAUCACGUUCACAUGAUCGUCAUGCAGAUCGGCAUUCUCGUCUAAAUGUUCGUCCAUCGAGCCACUCUGCCACAUACACCACUGUCUCCACCUGGCACCAUCACCCUGAGAAGCUCAUCACAGAGUCCUGUAUUUAUGAGGCCAGAUAUUUGGGUUCUGUGAUCAUUAGAGACCUACGGGGGAUUGAGUCUACACAGGAGGCGUGCGCUAGAAUAAGGAAAUCAAAGGAUCACAGAAAAGGUCCUGUAAUAAUCCUGAAUAUCACCUACAGAGGAGUCAAGUUUGUUGAUGCAGCCACCAAGGGAAUAGUUGCAGAGCAUGAGAUCCAGAACAUCUCGUGUGCAGCUCAGGAUCCUGAUGAUCUUUGCACGUUUGCAUACAUCACAAAAGACCUGAAGUCUGGUUACCACUUCUGCCAUGUCUUCACCACAGUAGAAGUGACACAGACUUAUGAGAUCAUCCUGACUCUGGGACAAGCAUUUGAAGUAGCCUAUCAAAUGGCUCUCCAGGCACAGAAGGCCCGUCGUCACAGUUCAUAUGCAGGUCAAGCCUCAGAAAACAUAGAAAUCAAGACCAGCAGACCCACGUCACAGUCGCGCAUCAGCGCACGUCGCUCUGCACCUCAUUCUCCACUACUACUUCCCCGACACAUCGACUCGCUGGAACCGGACACGGACCUGCAGUCCCUGGGCAGCACCAGUUGGCUUUAUGAACCACAGGACUCCUCCAGACCUUCAAGUAGCACCAAGCGUUUGCAGAUCUGAAGGCAGCAGAAGAAAACCAUGUCUGUUUAGAGCGAAUGUACGCUGGGAUUUCAAAUGCAUACAAUUUACAAAUUAGAAUAUAGCCACAAGAAAAUUGAAUAUCCAAAACAAGAUUCCUAUCCUGUUUUCUCAUUGUUUUGGGAAGGAAUUUGAUUAUAUUUUAAUUCAGUGUAUUAGAAGAUAGACAUUUUUGUAUGCAACAUUUGCUGUUUUACUUUGGCUAAAAGUCGAUUUACAUUCUUGAAAGUUUCUAUUUGUCUUGUCUCAUUGGCCGUGUACGCACUGCAGCUAAAUUCAACUUUCACUCCACUUCUGAUCACUUGUCAUACUGUUCACACGAGGUUCAGUUAUUUACAGGAGUCAAAUUGAAUUUCAGUAGUGUCAAUUGAAAUUAAAUUAAAACCAUGUAAUGUGUAUGAAAUCGAACUGAACAACUAGUUCAUUUAUCUAGUUCUAGAACAUGUGUACGUGUCUUGACUCAUUCGCAAACGUCUCUCCACUGUAUCUGCUUCCACCAGCCACAAAUAUUGUUUAUGCUAAUAUUUCAGUCAUGACAACUUUCAGAAAGAGUUUGCAUAUUAAUGUGGCUAUGACAUAUUGAUAGGAUAUUGUUCUUGGACUCUUGGCAGACUAGAUCUGCUGUGCUGCAAAGCAAGUAUGGAGACUUGCUACUGUUAGAGCAUACAUAGACAUGUGAAGCAUGUGGUCAUGCUGCUACUGCUGCACAGUUAGAAAAACACAAGACAUGCUGCUGCACAAGUAGACGUAAAUACAAUCCCCCAACAAAGCAGGGAAGCUGCACAAAUGUAUAACAUAAGACACAACACCCCAAACAAGCAGAUCUACCACCAAGACUUGUGUACUGCUGCUGCUCUGAGGAGCCAUGUGCACUCAGUUUAUGCAACCUAGGUGUGCCUUGGCCAGCCUGGGCGAAAAGCUUUAACGGCUAGUGACCUGACUUAUAAUGUGUAUCUGGACCAGAAACACCCAGAGCCUAUUUAACUAGUGGCUUAGCCUAGCUAUGUGUGGAUUUAUUUAAACUAAUGACCUAAGAGAGUGUGUGCCAGUGCCUGAUUUCGUUAUGGCUUACUUUUGAUAAAUACACACUUCUAGGUGUCAUGGCCAAAAGCAGACCUUACUGUGCAAGCUAAUAGAAGACAAAGCCCCAGUAACCACCUGAGCAAAUAGCUUUUUAUAGAGAAAACUCUCGCAGCAUGCUGCAGUGAAACUGGCUGAUCUGCAAAACUGAGCAAAUUUAAAUGUUAGGCAAAGAGAGAGUACGCAAGUUGAUUGGCUACCCAAUUACACAUCAAAGGACUCAUCAGCUUAAACAAUGUGAUUGAGCUGAUUGGCUAACAGAUAACAAGGUCAAAAAACCUACAAGCUUGCGCUAUUCAGAGUUUCCUGUCUGAACUUAUACAGGAAAAAAUAGCUAACAUCAAACUGUUAGUAUCUUAUUUCUUGUUUACAGCCGUGCAACACCAAAACGUUUCUAUGGUUAAUACUAUGUCAGCUAUUGCGAGUUCAGGAGUGACUCAUAAAUUCCGCACACACAUAGAAUGAUAAUUUAGAGGAUUCACUUCUAAAUUUAAUGCGGUUGUCACUCUGAAACUAUGCAGUGUGUAUGUGGCCAGUUUUUUUUUUUUUUCUCACAGUGUAGAAAAGACUGUUUCGGUUUUUACUGGAUUCUGGUUGUUUUUCACUCUUGAGCUACUGUUUGUCUCUCAUGUCCUGGUCUAAAUUUAAUCGUUAAAAUUAUGGUAAUUUCUCUGUGACUGUGUUGCACAUUCUCAGCAUCCAAACAUCACGAUCAAGCAUCUUCAUUCAUGAAUAACUCAUUGUUUGCCAUUGUUUUGCAACAUUUCCUUACUGAAAAUUGCCAAAGAGGCCAACUCAAUCUCCAUUUCACUUGAACCAUCGCAUACUGUAACAUGAAUUUUGUGUAUUUUUGACACUGUGUUCAUGUAUCUGAAAUUUUAACAAUAUUCAAAAAUGAUUUUUAUAGCACUGUACCAUCUGGGCUCAGACGAUAUAAUAGUUUGAUUUGGAUUUUAGAACAUCCAUUUCUGAAUUUGAGUAUAUUUUUCCUUGUGUAGCUGACUCCACCUUUCAAGUUUCCGGACACCAAGGUUUGAGUUGAAGGGGAAUCAGGCGAAACUUUAUUUGUGAGUCCAAAUGAGGAAGAAAUGGAGUGAGUAUGUGGGAAAGGAAGAGAUGUUAAAUUAGCACUUAACAGCCGAAUGACAGACUGUCCAAAAAAAAAACACAAAAAAAAAACUUGAAGACCAGACAUGACUUAACGGAUAAAGUGAUUUACCGGUGAUAUGGAAAUGAACAAAACACAUCAAAUAUAAAAUCAGAAUCAGCUUAAUGGUCAAUUUGAGUAAAUCUCAUGAAGAAAUGUGUCAUAUUUCACAAGUCAAAAAUCAAAAGGAAAAAAAUAAAUAUUUUGCUAAAUAAAAGAAACCUAUUUUAGGACCAGAAAUAUAUAUAUAAAUAUAAAUAUACCAUUAUUAUUAUUCAUUAACGCAUUAUGGUACUGAGAAAUAAUUACUUUUCAUUAAAAUAAUGGCUAUGCAAAAAAUCUUAAUGGUCCUUCAAAUAGGACUCUUUUGUUCUUUAUGCAAAAUAUUCUUUUCCUAAUGAUUUUGGGGUGAAAUAUAUUUCUCGUGAGAAUCACCCAUUUAUAGCUUUGAAUAGCAAAGUUGUUUAACUUCCAAAGGCAAAAAACUGAACUGUCGAAUUUCUGAAGAAAUGGAAAACUGAGCACUGUGUGAACAUUGUAACAUUUUCGUGUUCAAUGUCCCCCACCCCACAAAAAAAAAAACAGGAAAGUUGGUUGAUCUUUUUUGAGCUCUGUGUAGAUUUUAGAAUUGCUUGAAGUUUUAUGGUGUUUAACACAAAAGGGGUAGAGAAAUGGGACAGACAUGGAGGCAUUAUGGUUGAGAAGAGAUACUCUCAUGUAAAUCAGCCAAAAUAUUUUAUAUCUGUAUGUGAAGAAUGAAGCAAAAUUAAAAUCAAAUCAGUGGUUGAUGCAA